UUAGUUGGAAUUGUCAAUUGUGACAUUUAAAGAGAUUGUGUGUUGUGGAAAUCACGCAAAAGAUUAUAAAACCAAAAAGUUAAAUUAAAAAUUAAACGUAAAAGUUAUUGAAAGUGAUAAAACAAAAUGUCUAUAUAUUAUAGUGGUGCUUUAAAACGAUCUCAAGGUAUUGUUUCAGCUAUUGGCAAAGAAAUGAAACGUGUAAAUCUAAAAGGAGUUAAACGCGUAACAAUCACAUUUGAUCCAUUUGCCGAAAAUGUAAAAGCAACGAGAGAAUUCCUAUUUAUAUUGUCUAAUCCACGGGUGGUGGCUACAAAUCCCAAGUGUGUGGUAAAAACUGAUAUUGUGUGCAAUCGUCAACCAGCUGAAGUUAAAUUCUCUUUAAUCGAUAAGGCACAAGAACAAUUAAAAGUUAAAGACGUACGUUUCUUAAGCAACAAUUUAAAUACUUUGGAAAUCUUACAACUGUGUAAUAAACACGUGUCACCCUUAGCACCCGAAGAAGAGGAGAAAGGUAAAGUUUUAACUAAAGCUGAAAAGCAAAAACUAGCUGGUGGUGCUGGUGGCAAGAAAGCCCAAAAGAAGAAGUAAAUCAUCAUUAUUAAAACCUAUUUUGCUGGCCCAGUAAAAAGAAAAACUUAAACAACAACACAACAAUAUAAAAUGGCUCGCAAACAUAAGGGUACCUUAGCUGUUAUUGAGCAAAUUUAUAGUGAUAUACCCUCCUUCACUGACAUCUUUACGGAGGAAUCAUUUUAUACAUUUGCAUUUUGUUUUGCUUGUGCCACCGUUUUGGUGGCAUUUGUUUUAUCUAGAUUUAUAACAAUUAAACCGGUAGAAAUUUAAAAUUUCUCUUUAAGUUUCUAAAUUAAGUUAAAAUUAAUAAUGAAAUUACAACCAAUUGUUUAUAAAAAUAAAAUUGUAUUUAUAAU